GCGGCAGCGCCAGAAUACUCUCCGCAGAGAGGUACCAGGAACCAUGCCUUGCUGGAGGCCGCUGGACCAAGCCACGUGGCGAUCAACGCCAUCUCGGCCAACAUGGAAUCCUGCAGCAGCCGCACGGCCGCCCUUAAGAAGCAGCCCAGCCACAUGGAGGCUGCCCAUUUUGGAGACUUGGGACGCUCCUGCCUGGAUUACCAAGCUCAAGAAACCAAGUCCAGCCUCUCCAAGACCCUGAGUCAAGUCCUACGCGACUCUGUGGCGCUCCCGUACUUCACCCAGUACAUGGAGCUCCACCGCAUGGAACACUUGGUCCGAUUCUGGCUGGAAGCCGAGACUUUCCGCUCCGCCAUCUGGGCCCGCAUCAGAGCACACAGCUUGAACACGGUGAAGCACAGUUCUCUGGCCGAGCCAGUGUCCCCUGGCCCGCGGCAGCAGCGAGACCCUCCAGGGUUCCCCCCCUUCGCCGAGUCGCUCAACGGAGGACUGGAUGACCGGUGCCCCGCCGAACCCUCUUUGGCACAUUUGAACCGGUCAGCUUUGACUCUUCGGAACCAUUUGCUGCUUGGCCAAGGCAGUGACAAACCCCGCUUGGGGUUGACUCCGUCAGAAGGCGAGGACUGUCCUUUUCCGGGGGACCCUCAAGAUGCUUCUGUGAUCUCAGCGUCCAGUCGAAACAGCCCUUCCUUUGCACUAAAGGACUUGUCAGGAAAACUCAUGAAAAGUA